AUGAAUGUUGUUCUAAACAUAUUAUCCUUACUGCUGCUGAUCAGUUGUCCUUUCAUCAACAUGUGCAAAUGGCCCAAAUCUGACAUACUGUUUAUUUUGGAUGGCUCAUACAAUGUGAAUCAAUAUGAACACGAGAAAGAAAUCUCAUUCAUGAGAAAGUGCUUGUCCGACAUUGAUGUUUCGGAGAUAAGCUCAAAGGUUGCUGUUGCACAGUUCACACCAAAAGCCAAAUUAGAAUGGGAGCUGGUUGAAGUGGAAGAUAAUGAAGAAGUCAAUAUGAAGCUACAACAAGUAUUAUAUGCUCCAUGUGACACUAUGGAUAAGAAACUUAACUGCUCGCCCCCCGCAAGUCUUAACUAUAUAGCUAAAACUGGUCUAGAAAAUGGUAAUAGAAAAUGGAUUCCUGAUGUUAUCAUUCUCAUCUCCAACAGUCGAUAUAAGCUUCCGGAUAUAGGAGAGAAAGAGGUGCUAAUGUCACCAAUAUCUCCAAUACACAUUUUCCAGGUUAAUAUCAAUUCCAAUAGUCAAAAGCCUGACAUGUUUGAGCCUUCAGCUACCAACAUUCGAUUGAAUGCUAUAGACUUCAAUGCGCUGGAUCUUUUGGUUCAUCCACUAUGUGAAAGUGUGAAUCAGUUUGUAGACAUUGACUGA